AUGAAGCCAUUAUCAUCUUACCAUUCAACAUCAACUGAAGUGUUAUUAAAACGUUUUCGUUUAUGGAGACGUCAAUAUCUUCAUGUUGUUAUUUACACAUCAUUAUUUUGGAUAUUCGUUGAUGUAUUUUUUAUAAUGUUAUUUUCUGAUUGUACAAAAGAAAUUAUUAUUCCGUGUUCAUCAUCAUCAUCAUUAUCAAGUGAUAAAUCUUCUAAAAUGAGUGAUCGUGAUGUUCAAUUACAUCCAAAAAUAAUUAUUGAUAAAAUAAACCAAAGAAAACACAAUAUAAUCGAUAAUACAACUAUGAUUGAAACAACAAAGAAAAGUAUUGCUAGUAAAUGGUGGAAAAUUGAUCCAGGAGCAACAAAUCCAACGAAUUGGCAUGGUGAAGCUGGUCGUGCUGUUGUUAUUCCAAAUGACUUAAAAGCAGAAGCUAAAAAACGUUUUGCAGAAAAUCAAUUUAAUAUUCUUGCUUCAGAUCUUAUAGCUCUUAAUCGAUCAAUUAAAGAUCAACGAUCAUCAAGAUGUUUAUCACAUAAAUUUCCAUCUGAUUUACCAUCAACAUCAAUUAUUAUUGUAUUUCAUAACGAAGGUAAUUCAACAUUACUUCGAACAUUAACAAAAUAUCUUAAAGAUACAUUAGAAGCAUUUACUAAAGAAUUACCUGUUUCAGUUCGUAUAUUAAGAAAUACUAAUCGAUUAGGAUUAAUGAAAUCUCGUUUACGAGGUGCUGAAAUAGCUAAUGGUGAAACAUUAACUUUUCUUGAUGCUCAUAUUGAAUGUUCACCUGGAUGGCUUCAAUAUUUAUUAUAUGAAGUUAAAAAAGAUCGAACAGCUGUCGUAUGUCCAAUUAUUGAUGUUAUCAAUGAUAAUGAUUUUGCUUAUUUAACCGGUAGUGAUAUGACUUGGGGUGGAUUUAAUUGGAGAUUAAAUUUUCGUUGGUAUCCAGUACCACAACGAGAAGAAAUUCGUCGAAAUUAUGAUCAUUCUUUACCAUUAUUAUCUCCAACCAUGGCUGGUGGUUUAUUUACCAUAAAUCGUGCUUAUUUUUAUGAAAUUGGUGCUUAUGAUCCAGGUAUGGAAGUAUGGGGUGGUGAAAAUUUAGAAAUGUCAUUUCGUGUUUGGCAAUGUGGUGGAAAAGUUCUUAUUCAUCCAUGUAGUCAUGUUGGUCAUGUAUUUCGUAAACAAACUCCAUAUACAUUUCCGGGUGGUACUGGUAAUAUUAUUCAUCACAAUAAUAAACGUCUUGUUGAAGUAUGGCUUGAUAAAUAUAAAGAUUUUGUUUAUGCACUUAUGCCUGAACUAAAACGUGUAGAUGCUGGUGAUGUAUCAGAACGUCUUGCACUUCGUGAACGUCUUAAAUGUAAAGAUUUUCAAUGGUAUUUACGAAAUAUAUAUCUUGAAAGUUCAAUGCCUGUUGAUUUUUAUCAUGUUGGAGUAAUUUUGGUUUAUUCCAAGAAAGGUGAACUUCGUUUUGAUGAUAUUUGUAUCGAACCUAGUCCGGUUAAUAUUGUUAAAUUACAAAAAUGUUCACAAGAAAAUCAAAACCAAAUAUGGGAUUAUAAGAAUACAACAAAUCAUAUGAUACAUAUUAAAUCUGGACAAUGUCUGACUACAGAUAAGACACAAAGUUCUGAUCGAUUAAUUCUUACUCCUUGUGAACAGAACAAUAAUGCAAAUCAACGAUGACGUUCUGUUAAAUGUACAUUUCAUCAUGUACCUUGUGAAGCUGUUGACUUAAUAUCUUCAUCAAUUGGAAUUCAUACAGUAUACAGUGAAAACACAACACUAGCUUCUUGUUUAUGCUCACCUUCAAAAGCAGAUCAAAUCCGUACAACAUUUUCAAAUUUUCUUAUUCAAUAUCCACAAAUUUGGUUGUCAAUUAACUUACUAAAGAACCCAAAUGUCACUUAUUUUCAUUUCGACACAAAUAUUGCCAAUGAAAUUCAUGUUUCGUUUGGUUCUUUACUUUCGACUUCAACAUUCUUAGUUCAUGAUACACCAUUAAAUGAUAGAACUCAAUGGACAAUAAAAUUUUCUAAUGAACAAACAUUGAUGAUCGAGUGUCAACCUAAUCAAGAAACCGAUUCUUUUAUUCAUUUAAACUUACCAAUGAAAUGUAUUAACAAAAAUAUACUUGUCAUUGAUGGCAACCCUUAUUCGCAUAUUAUAUUAAAUAUUGAUACAAUGACAACAGAUGUACGAGAAUAUGAUAAUAUCAAAAAUGACAGGUUAUAUGGUAAUCAUCCAAUUAUUGAAUCACUUAGUCGAUGUAGUGAGAUGCUCAUACGUAUUUCAUCGAAAACUAAUUUUGAUCGAUUUCUUGAUUAUCUUCAUAAUAAAUAUCAAUGUGAAAUCUUUUAUACAAUCAUAUCAAUUGAACAUAAUGCAUGUGAACAAUGGGAAAAAAUUGAAUUUAAUUGGUAUCCAGCAGCUAAUGCUCUUUAUGCUAUAUCAAUGCUUCAUUCAUUAGGAUAUUUAUUUGAUGAUAAAUAUUUAAUAAAUAAACAACUUCAAAGUAUAAUGGUUGAUUUAGCUGAAGAAGAUGAAAAACGUUUUUAUCAAUUAGCAUUAAGAGCUUUUAAUGAACUUCAAAAAUGUCAUUGGUUAGAUUUAAUUAGAAUUUUUAAUCGAAAUCAAUUAGAUCGCAUUCAAAUAGAAACAGAAGAUAAAUUUUGUUAUGUAGGUGUUAUUCAUUUAACUCCAACUUGUCUUCAUUUACAACCAAAAGAAAAAAUUGAAAGACAUCGUGCAAUGCGUCUUAAACCUUUUCAAGAUGAAAAUAAUUUUUGUUUGGUUUAUUUAAAACCUGAUCCAUCGGACAAAUAUUUAAAUAAUAAUACUGAUGUUUUGACAUAUUUUCAAACAAUAUUCGAAUCUGGUAUUGAAUUUGGUAGAAAUCAUUAUCAUUUAUUUGGCUCAUCAAAUUCACAAUUAAGAGAACAUUCAUUUUGGUUUAUUAAAGCGUCGACAUUAGAUGAUAUUGAUGAAAAACGAUUACAAUUUGGUCAAUUAAAUCAAAUCACAAAUUUGAGUACAUACAUAACUGGAUUAGAUUUAUGGUUUAGUAAAAGUUCUUCAACAGGUAUUAAACUUAUUUAUUGUCAAGAUGAACAAGAAUUUGAUAAACGUAUACAACAAGGAGAAAUAUGUGUCUUGAAUAUUGAUGAUAUCAAACGAAAUGGUUAUUGUUUUACUAAUGGAAAUGGAUUUAUUUCAAAAGGCUUAGCUAAACUUGUUGUUGAAAUACUAUCAUCAUGUCCACAAGAUUUUCAAGAAGAUAUUUUACCAUCUGCUUAUCAAAUUCAAAUGGCUGGAUGUAAAGGUCUUCUUAUCGUCGAUUCUCAAUCAACAUUUGAACAAUUUUAUAUUAAAAUUCGUCCAUCUAUGAAAAUAUUUGAAUGUAAUGAUUGGACUUUAGAUAUUUAUGAAUAUAGUCAAUUGAAACCUGCUCGACUAAAUAAUCAAAUUAUUAUACUUAUGUCAGAUCUUGGUGUACCAAAUGAAACAUUUCUUCGUCUUCAAAAACAAUGGUUCGACAAAAAACCAACACGUUUUACGAAUUCUGAUGAUUUAUUGAAGAAUAAAAUUCCACUACCAGUUAAUGAAUGUCGAUAUAUGUAUGGUUGUGCAUUUGAAAGUCAACUUAAACCUGGAACAUGUUUUAUUCGUUAUCAAGUACUAAAUGAAAAUGGUAAAUCUUUACCAAAUCCCCAAUUUCAAUGUGUGCAAGGACGAGUACUUGUAACAAAAAAUCCUUGUCCACAUGCUGGUGAUAUGCUUGUAUUAAUAGCUGUUGAUAUACUUGAUUUAUAUAAUUUAAAAGAUGUUAUUGUUUUUUCCAGUGAAGGUGAUCGACCUGAUUUCAAUAAAAUUGCUGGGUCAAAUUUAGACGGUGAUAAAUAUUUUGUUUAUUGGGGUGAAGAAUUUCAAUUAAAGUAUUCAGUAUCUCCACUUGAUUAUCUAGUAGAAGAAAAGAUUAAACAUCCAACACCAAUAUGUGCUCAAGAUGUUAUUAAAUAUUAUCUUACAAUAAUAGGUACACCUAGUUUUGGUGAAAUAUAUAAUUUACAUGCGAUGAUUGUUGAUCAAAAUAUUGAAAAUCAUCAACAACGUACUUGUCAAAAAUUAGCUAUUGAAUUAGCUCGAAUGUUGUCAUUAGCAAGUGAUUCAAGUAAAACAGGUUAUAUUAUUAAUAAAGAACGUAUUCAACAAAUAUGUGAAACAUAUGGAAAAAAAUAUCCUGACUUUUUAAUGAAAUAUGAUAAACAAAAUUAUAAAUCUCAAUCGAUUAUUGGAAUACUUUAUCGUAAUGCUAUAUUUUAUAAAAAUGGAAACAUUACUGAACUUAAUAAUGUAUUUGCACAAAUCAAUGUUGAUGAUAAAACUUUAUGA